CGGCCGUACGAUCCGGAAGUGCGGUUCUGCGGCGGACCGGCCCCCGUGAGCGGCGGCGGCGACGACUACCGGCAACGGAUGAUGCGACGACUGCGCGACGGCUUCCGGGCGGCGGCCGACGCGGCGGCGGUGGGCUACGAUUACGAGCCGCCUAGGUGCGGCGCCGCGCACGUGCUGGUCGACGUGCCCGCCGGCGAGGUGGCCGGGCUGAUGGGAGAAGCGGACCGGUCGGCCGCCGGGAUGCUGCCGCCGGGCUACUGCUUCGACCUGACGCCGUCCGAAGAGCUGGUGGCCAGGACGUGCCGGCCGCGCGACCAGUACUGCGACCGGGGCGGCCGUUACACGUGCGUCAACAAGUGCUGCAAGGGCGACCGGAUGAUCGUCGCCGAGUAAGUCCGCGGCGUUUAUAAGUGUAUAGCGUGCGCUUACACCGAGUGUACCAGCUGUAGCCGAGGCCGUGGUUGGAGGGGUAAGGAUGUGACAGAGGACGGGGCAGUUGCCCCGAGUGACGACGAGUUGUAGGACUCUCAUAUGCUCACAAAUGACAUUUCUUAGGAGUACAUUGAUGAGAAAACGAUAUUUUCAAAUGUCACGUCCCUUCCGUCUUAGA